AUUUUGGAUAUUAUUAGCAUGAGUGCAAUCAGUUAUGUAUGUUUUUUACCAUUAUUAGUAGUUUCCGUUGUUGGUGCUAAAGUUUUGAAAGUAAAAUUUGAAGAUACGCCGAAAUUCGUUGGUUCAGAUACAAAUGUUACUGUGGUGAUCGGGAGAGACGCUACACUUACCUGUACCGUGGAGAACUUGCAAAAAUUCAAGGUCGCUUGGCUCAAAGUUGAUACACAAACUAUCUUGACGAUCGGCAAUCACGUGAUCACGAAGAAUCAUCGCGUGAGCAUCGGCAAAGGAGACCAGACCUGGUCACUAACGAUUCGAGACAUUCGUCUGUCAGAUGCGGGACAGUACAUGUGCCAAUUGAACACUGAACCGAUGACCAUACAGACCCAUCAUUUACAAGUAUCAGUGCCACCGGAUAUCAUCAAUUCAAGCAGUAGCGGUGAGAUUACAGUACGUGAGGGAGAAAACGUUUCUCUGCAUUGCUCUGCUUCGGGUGCACCCCAACCUACAAUCACUUGGAGGAGAGAAGAUUUAACUCCUAUGAAAAUUGGAUCUGAUGUGGCGUCGAAAUGGAACGGCGUGUGGUUAAACAUGUCGUCUGUGAGUCGAGAUAUUAAUGGCGCUUUCCUUUGCAUAGCCACAAAUGGCGUGCCUCCUUCUGUUAGCAAAAGAAUUUUGCUACGUGUUAUGUGCAAACCUAAAGUCCAUGUAACACAAAAAAUGAUAGGUGCCUACAUCGGAGAUACUAUAAAUCUUCAUUGCAAAAUUGAAGCAUUUCCACCGCCAGUUAUAACCUGGACACAUCAGGACACCAUCAAAUUACAAAAUGGUACAAAGUACCAGGUCAUCACGGAAUCGAAGAGCUACAAACACACAGUGAUACUAAGAGUAUACAACGUCUCUAGAGAAGACAUAGGCUCCUACUACUGCUGCGCCGAGAACCAGCUUGGAUCUUCGAAGGACGAUGUCACAUUAUACACCUUAGCAACGACGACUAUGAGUACUUCGACAACUGAACGAACCACAACGGCGUGGAUCCCGAAAUCUACUCAGCCAUCAGAUGCAGAAUUAGAAGUGAGCGUUGAUGACGAGGGCCAGAAGUAUUCGAAUGAAGACAGUUUCGUGGUUGUGCUCAGCCAACAGCAAAUGCAGAACAUUGAUUUGUCUCCGAGUUCGUGACCAGAACACGGGCUGGACCACUGGUCUAUGUGGUCGUCGGCCCCAAAACUGAACACUCCGAGCUUUUACGUAAUAUUGUUUGUAACUCGCAUAGUUUAG